AAAGCUUCUGAUCCAAACAAACACCCUUUGUUCUGACAGUGGCGUGUUGGACAGCCCACGAUGUCGGACACUGUUUCCCAAUCACGGCAAAAAUAUCGAGCAGCACGGAAUCAGCGACGUAAGCGAGUAAAAGAACGAGAGGACGAGAGGGAGCAAGCAAAAGAAACAGCCGUUGAGCACGAUUACGAUAGGACCCCAAAGGAACCACCUUCAAAACGGGCGAGAACCAAUGGCAGAGGCAAAGAAAAGGAUUCUGAACUUGAGCUAGGUGAACUGCCCAAUGACUCAAAUAGACCGUUCGAAAUCGGCGACGAAUUCAUACCAUUUACGACCAGUGAUGAUGAAGCUGAAGCACCCAAAACGCACGUCUCCCAUCACAGUAAGGUGGAAACAACAAAAGAGAAGGUGCCGGAACGAGAAUGGGACAAAGGGAAACCAAGUGAAAGGGAUAGGGAUGGACCGCGCGACAGAAGCGGUCGUGGAACAAAACGAACGUACGAAAUGGUUUUUGGUGAAGAUUUGCGGGACUUCAGCAAACACAGACAGGACCACCGCCCUGCUUCGAGAAAGGCUCCUUGGAUUGCAAAAGUCGACUGGGACAGCUGUCGCAAUGUUGCAGAGAUGUUGCAUCGCGAGGUUGAGGCAUUUGUCCGUUACAUGUCACCAACUGAAGUUGAAGAGGAAAUCCGUGAACUGGUGAUAUCUCUCGUUUCAAGGGCGAUCACGAAUGCAUUCCCAGAUGCCCGGAUACUACCCUUUGGAAGUUAUGAAACCAAACUAUACCUCCCUAAUGGGGACAUAGAUCUCGUGAUCGACUCGGAAUCGAUGGCCUACAGCGAUAAAGUGAAUGUUCUACGCACUCUCGCCAACGUUAUCAAACGCGCGAAGAUCGCUUCCAAAGUUACCAUCAUUGCCAAAGCCAAAGUGCCCAUCAUCAAAUUCGUCACGAUUUAUGGCAGGUUAAACGUUGAUAUCAGCAUAAAUCAGGGUAAUGGCAUCGUCGCUGGCAAGAUCGUGAACGGCUUCCUCAGCAACAUGCGCGGGUGUGGGUUUGCGCUUCGAAGUCUCGUCAUCAUCGCGAAAGCGUUUCUAAAUCAGCGGGGGAUGAAUGAAGUGUAUACCGGCGGUCUGGGGAGCUACAGCAUCGUCUGUUUGGCAGUCAGCUUUCUCCAGAUGCAUCCCAAGAUCCAGAGGGGGGAGAUAGAUGCAGAGAAGAAUCUUGGAGUUUUGGUUAUGGAGUUCUUCGAGCUCUAUGGUUGCUAUUUCAACUAUGCAGAAGUUGGAAUAUCUGUGCGUAACGGCGGGUCAUAUUUUAGCAAAAGACAAAGGGGAUGGUAUGAUUUCACCAAGAAGAACCUUUUGUCGAUUGAGGACCCUACCGAUCCUUCGAAUGAUAUUUCCAAAGGCUCUUACGGAAUUGCGAAAGUUCGGCAGACUCUUGCAGGAGCCCAUGGAAUCAUGACAUCAAUGGCCUUUAUGCGGGCUGGGAUCUUGGGUGCACGCAGGGAAGGACGGACAUACCCUUUACGUCGACAAGGGGAGCCAGAGGAUAUGAGUAUUUUGUCCAGUAUACUUGGCGUUAACCAAGAGACGUUGAAUAACCGAUUAUUACUCCAAGAGGUUUAUGACCAGCGGUUGCUCCAUAAGCUGCUCGGAACUUCGCCCAAAGCCCGUGUAGUUGUCGCUGGCGUCCUCGACGCUUCCACUGCUCAGGAAAGAUCGUCAACAACUGCAGCCAGGACCACAUGGACCCGGGAGCGUAGCGUGGAUAUGAUGAUCGAAACCGACGAGGAGUCACUAUCACAAGAACCUAGCGGUUCGCGUCAAGAUAAUGACGAGCUUGGUAAAUAUCAUAUCGAGAAGCGGCGCACUGUACAGCGGCAUGAAGCUAGUCAGUCAGGCCAACAACCUGAAUUCACCGCCGACGAAGACGACUCAGUUGACGAGGAACUAGACGAGGAAGAAGGGACCUAUGAGAUGGGUUUAGAUGAUGAGGCCUCUGGUGAUGAAACGCGAAGUAGGAUGAGCAGACGCAGAGCAUAUUGGCUGUCGAAGGGGAUUGGGGACGACAGCGAUGAUGACCGCAACUGAUUGUGUGCUAUUUGAAGGUUACGGCUCGGAGCCGAAUAAGCUUGAAGUAGUCAAAGUUAACCAUGUAUUUGGAGGAUGGAGAUGAGGGGGUCACACGUCGACAUCUUGAUCAUCAGAUGAUCAUCUUAGCUUCAUGCACGACCGUUGCUAGCCGUUGUUAGCCAGCUGUUUUUCUCAGUCACUUUGCACUUUGUUAGUGGUAAUUCCAUUGGCAAUUGCAGAUUUGCGAACUCCCGCCUGUUAUUGGGUUCUUCGUCCAUUUGACCACAACAUUGC